AUGAACGAUAGUAAAGAGAAAAUCUCACAUUAUACUUGUAAAAACCAUACGGCUAGAUCUGAAAAAGAUUUAUUUAGAGUAUGCCCGUCAAAAUUAAGCAAAGAAGAAUUGGAAAACCUUUAUUUUGCAUUAUUAGAUAGUAAUAUACAACAGAAAAAAACGAUAAACACUCAACGAGAUCAAAUUAAAGUUCUUAACACAAAAGUUCAUAGAAUGACUGCUCAAAAGUAUGCACCUGCUUGUAACAAAGACUGUUGUAGUAGUAGUAUGGCAAUAAUAAAUGAACAAAAAGCAACAAUAGCAGAUCUAAAGAAGACAAAUGAGAGAUUUUCCGAAAGAAUUAAGACCCUAAAUAUGAGACUUUGUUCAGCAAAGCAGUUCCUGAAACGUAGUCCACAAUCGAACUCUUACUGCACAAAAUGUCAUACUUCCACUCCAUCUUUUAAGAAUUUAUCAACUAGCGCUUUAUAUACAAAAAGAAGUGAGAGUAACCUACAGGCUGCGGCAACAUCAUCCCAGUUUCUUGAUAGGGACAAAGUACCAAACAAGAUGACACAGAUUGCUUCCACACAAGUUGAUAUGACAGCUCAAGAUGGAACAUGUCAGCAGAACAAAUGUCGCACUACAAUGGAUGAGUUGAAGCAGAAGAUUGCUGAUUUGGAAGAGGAGCUAGACAAAACACAUAAAGGAUAUUGUGAACGCCUAAACAAAUUGGAAGCAAAAGUGAACUCGCUGCACGGAGAGAAUGCUCGCGUGCGUGCGGAGAAUACUAGCAGCUUGGAGAAAUUGCAAGGGAAGGAGAAAGAGAGUACGGUUUUGUUGCAGAAGUUGAGGAGUACUGAAGCUCAGUGUGAUAAUCUCAACGCUCAAUUGAUCAUAGAGAAAAGUAAGGUGUCAGAACUUGAAACACAAGUGAAAGCCGGCGAUAUCUCAGAACAAAUAGCUCGGGCUUUGGAGAUUCACUUGAAAAGGGAUGUUUUACUAGUUCCCAACAAUACCUUAGCAUCUUGUACAGUAGAAAGUAUAGAGAAAUUUAAUAUGAACUCUGAUGACUCUGGCUAUGCUGAAAUCAACAGAAGUCAAUUUAACGAUAAAAAGGAAAAUAAAGAUGAAGAAAUUCCUAAGUCUGAUAAGGAUAUGUCACAACACAUUGCUGAGCUACAAGCUCAGAUAGAUAGCAUAAAGCAUACUAUGAAACAGCAAAACAGGAGAACAGCUGACAUUAUAUCUGAGGAUUCACCGCUGCAGGAAAAGUCCAACGAGAGCAAUAAGGUGGCGGAAACUAGUUCAAGUUUAAGCAACCAUAUUUUUGCCACUCCUAUGAAACACUUGGAACGAUCUGAUCAGGGUCCAUCAACUUUGCGAAACAACAUAUUGGUUUCGACUGAAGACGUAGCAGAGCUCCCAAAUUCUGGUCUGACUCUACAAAAUAUAAACAGUAACAUCCCUCUGCCCAUAAAAGAAAAUUGUAUGCCAAACGUACACAACACAUUAAAUUCGCGUACUUUAAAUGAUAAAAUUGAAAUAAAAUAUGAGGGAGUGAACGAAGUUGAUAAUGAGAUAAUAUUAAAAAAAUCUAAUGAUCAAAAAUAUAAAGAAAGUAAGAUAAAUGAUGUUGAACCCAAGUUAUGUAUAGAAAAAGAUUUCCCUGAGAUAGAUCCAAAUUUUAAAACUUUGGACGCUUCACCUAAUGGACGAAGUUCGCUAAAAAAGAAAGUAGACUACACUGAAGGAGAUGUCGACGGGCAGUAUAGUAAUAAUGAAAACGAAAAUACGAACAUGAAAAUAACAGAUUUUAAAAAUAAUGAUAAAUUUUGUAAUAAAUAUAAUAGUGAAAAUAAAUGUGGGAUUGUUGAAAAAAGCGGAAAAGAUUUUGACAAUAAAAUGAACGAAUUAUUAGUUUUUAAUAACGAUGCUGUAACUAAAGAUGUUGCGACAGACGAAGAAAAAUCAUCGUCUAGCCAAAAAAGCGUGGGACAGUCUACUUUUGUUAUCGAAACUAAGCAAAAUCGGGAGACAAACAAAGAUGCUAGUGUUGAUACUGAUGAACAAAACCUUAGUGUAAAAGCAAAUAGUACGGACGAGCACAAGUCGGGGCGCACGUACUCGCUGGCGCGCGCGUCGCCCGACAACACCGACCGCGAGAUAUCCUCCUUGACGGACCUGCCUCGAGAGAUCGAUGACAGGGGCACGCGGUGCAGGUCCCCGGGCGAGGAGUGCGCUGCGACGCUCAGCGCCUCGUGCACGGCCGCCGACAGCGCCUCGCUCAGUGAGGGCGAGCUGCCCGUGUCUACUGGGGUUAAAAGAAUGCCAUUAGCUGAAGUAGAGAUGAAAGAUAAGAUGACUGAGUCUAUCGGGCAACAAUCGUCAAUAUACAAAAUGGAGGAAGCCCUGCACUCCAUCAGCUCGGAGCUCGCGCGCUGCCGGCGGCUGCUGCGGGCGCGCGGACAGGUCACCUCACCCGCUGCCAUACGGACAUUCUCAUACCCGUACAUACAUACAUUGCCACUACAG